AUGAAACACUUCUUGUUUGUGGCGGCUGCAGCUGGCUUUCUGCCUGGUUUGAUUAUAGGAACACCUGAGGUAAAUGCAGCUGAAGUUCCAUAUAAUUCAGUCUUUACUGAAUUACUAUCUGUCCAAAAAGAAAUUGUUGAUUUACAUAACACCUUCAGGAGAGAGGUGGAUCCACCAGCUUCGAACAUGCUGAAAAUGAGUUGGGAAGAGGAAGCUGCAAAAAAUGCCAGAAAAUUGUCAAAGUAUUGUGAGGUGGGGCAGAGCAACGCACUGAAGAGGAGAAUUACAAAUACUUUUUGUGGAGAAAAUACAUAUUUGACUUCUAGUCUUAUCUCAUGGACAGAUGUGAUUACAAUCUGGCACAAUGAGUCUUAUUAUUUUCAAUAUGGUGAUUGGCCAGAAAAAGAUGAAGAAAAAUCAGUUUAUCAUUACACUCAGAUGAUUUGGGCUUCCUCUUACCUCAUUGGCUGUGAUGUGUCAUCAUGCUGCAAAAGAUUGUCACCUCAAUAUCUUUAUGUUUGUCAUUAUUGCCAUGAGGGAAAUGAACCUGAUUUAAUGGAUAAACCUUAUGCGCAGGGAGUUACAUGUGGACAAUGUCCACAUGACUGUGAAAACAAACUUUGCACUAACCCCUGCAUCUAUUAUGAUGAAUACACUAACUGCCAUAUACAGAAAGUGGUUCCUGGAUGUAAAGUCCUGUCAGUCAGACUACAAUGCAAAGCCACUUGCACUUGUACCACUGAGAUCAAAUGGUGA